UCAUAUGCAUUGCUUUGAUUUUAUUUGUGCUUUAUACAUAAGACAAAAUAUAAUCAAUGAAUACUUGUUAAAAUCGUUUUAAAGCAUAGUUGUCAAAUAUUAAUUUUUAUUUCAUAAUUUAUACUUAUCGAUAAUUAAAAAUAUCAUUAAUCAAAAUUAUGUAUUUACAAGUAUACUGGUCAAAAUGAAACACCUAAAUAAAAACAAAAGAGUAUUGUGCAAAAAAAAAAAAAAAAAACAAAAGAGUAUUAAUUUUUUUUUUUUUAAAAAAAAAAGAAAAAAAAGAGUAUUAUGUAAGAGUAAAACUCUCAUAGGGAGUGGAAAACCCAACACACAACUGUCCUUAUCUUCAAUUCUUAAUUUCAACUCUUUUUUUUGCCCUUUAUAUUUUCACUACUCCUUAAUCUAUUUUAACUGGUUAGCAGCAACUUUUCCACUUCCCAAUUCCACCAUUUCCGUCCCUUCCUCCUCUCCACUCUCAAAACAAGCAACCCCCUUACAAAAUCCCAAAACAGAGUCAUAUCCCCUUCAAAUCUUCAAUACAGAUUUCCAAACACAAAAUGGCACAAUCAAUAGAAUCACCUCCCUCAUCAUUCUCAACAAUCUCUGCUUACUUCCGGGCCCUGAGUCAAACCCCGCAACGCCUCGCUCGCCGAGCCAUCUCCGUCUCCACCCCUUUCGAGGAGCUCAGCCAUGUCCGAGCCCGCUCCGGGACCGACAUGCGACGAUCCCUCCGUUGGUACGACCUCGUUGCCCUCGGCAUCGGCGGUAUGGUCGGCGCUGGCAUCUUCGUCACCGCCGGUAAAGCCUCUCAUUCUUACGCUGGCCCUGCCGUCAUCCUUUCCUACGCCAUUGCCGGCCUUUGCGCUCUUCUCUCCGCCUUCUGCUACACCGAGUUCGCUGUUGAUAUCCCCCUUGCCGGCGGCGCCUUCUCCUAUCUCCGCGUCACCUUCGGGGAAUUUGCUGCAUUUUUAACUGGAGCAAAUUUGGUGUUGGAUUAUGUACUAUCCAAUGCCGCCGUUGCUAGAAGUUUCACCGCCUACUUCGGCACUGCAAUCGGUAUCUCCACCUCUAAAUGGAGGUUUACUCUCUCUCUUCUUCCCAAAGGCUUCAAUGAAAUUGACGUCAUUGCCGUCCUCGUCGCUCUCAUCAUCACCAUUAUCAUUUGUUAUAGUACAAGGGAGAGCUCAGUAGUAAACAUGCUCCUAACAGCACUACAUUUGAUAUUCAUUGGAUUCAUAAUUGUGAUGGGAUACACAAAAGGAGAUGUAAAGAAUUUCACGAAACCGGAGAACCCGAAUAACCCGGGUGGGUUUUUUCCAUACGGGUUGACCGGAGUAUUUAAUGGAGCAGCAUUGGUUUACUUGAGUUACAUUGGAUACGACGCCGUUUCGACAAUGGCUGAGGAAGUUCAUAACCCGGUUAAAGAUAUUCCAAUUGGAGUUUCGGGUUCCGUUAUUAUCGUCACUGUUCUAUACUGCUUGAUGUCUAUUUCCAUGUCCAUGCUUCUUCCAUACGACGCCAUAGACCCAGAAGCAGCAUUUACAGAGGCAUUCAAGGGAGAAAAAGGAUUGGAAUGGGUGUCAAAAGUGAUAGGAAGUGGGGUAAGUUUUGCGAUAUUGACAUCAUUAAUGGUGUCGAUGCUGGGACAAGCUCGUUACAUGUGUGUGAUCGGACGGUCUAAUGUUGUUCCAUCUUGGUUUGCUAGGGUCCACCCUAACACAUCUACACCCGUCAACGCUUCCGCUUUUCUCGGGUCAAUUCCACCUUGUGAAGGGGAGAGACACCGGACAAGAGUUCAGUGGGCUUUGGAUCCUCCCCCAAUUAAAAUAGGGACUGGCAGACCUAGAAAAAACAGGAUCAAAGAUCCCUUUGAAAAUCCUUCAAAGCCUGGUCACCUCACUAAGACUAGGAUGGAGAUGACAUGCAGUAAUUGCCAAUCGAAGGGCCACAAUAAAAGGAAGUGUGGUAAUCCAACCUCCUCUGCCAGUGAGCCUACCACCAAGAAGCAAGCAACUGCAGCUCAACCUCAACCACAACACCUACCUACUAAUGCAGAGGCUUAAUCACAUUAUCAGGCUACAACACAGCCCAUCCAACUUGGGAGGGGUGGUAGAAUGAUCAAAGGAGGCAGGGGUUUAAGAGGGGGGGGGGGAGGACUGGCUUAGCUUUCGGUGGACAAAGCAACACUACAUCUGCAAUAGGACAGGGAAGGGGUGGAAGGGAAUCAACAGGUGGCAGGGGAUCAAGAGGUGGCAAGGGCUCAAGGGGUGGCAGGACCAGGGUUCCUGUUGGUGUGGGAGUGCUGUUUGCAGCUGAUGGUUCUGCAAUAAAUUAGGGUCCAUCACAAUAUGAUGUAAACCAGGGUCCUUCACAAGUCAGCAAAAAUGUGCAUCCCACUAAGACAACCCACAUCUGAUGUAUGACAAUACCAGCUGAACUCAUGAAGCCUUCUUUUGGCAACAAUGUGUCGGUGUAAUUCAGGGUUGCUUUUAAUUAGUGAACAAUUUUUCUAUUUUGUUGAACAAUUUAUUUAUUUAUUUUAUUUUAUUUUUUAUUUUUUUAACACAAAAAAAUAGCUAACAAUUAAGCAAAAGAAAGGGAAGCCUUUUUUAUUCAAUCAUUAGUCUUAAUAGCUACACAUUCAACUAGAACACAACCAACAAACAACCAACAACAGUCUACUACUAGAAGGACAUAAUCACUAUCCCAAACAAAACCCAUGAGAAAACCAAAGCCAAAGAAAAAUUUCUCUCAUUCCUUGAACUCUUCAUCAACUUAAUUCGCAUUUGAUUGACUUUACCCUUAAGUUCUUGAACAUCUUCUUCCAAGUUCUCCUUUUUCAGCUGCACCCUCUUCACCUUAUCUUCGAGCAUCUGCUUGUGCAUCUCUAACUCAACAAUGGUGGUUUCUUUUUCAAACAAUUGAAACCAUAAAUCAUCAACCUCAUCUCUCACACCUAUCCACUUAAAAAAAACCACAAUUUGUAUCCUGUACAUCAAACCACAAUUAGUUAUAUAAACCCUAAUUACAUUGGAUAAUUGAGAUAAUUAAUGAACCAAUUCAAUUCUUAUAGGCCAUAAUGGGCAGCCAUGGAGCUUCAACCCCACAUUUGGAUCAUUUUUCACCGAUCGCACAACCGCAUCUCUUCCCCAAUUACAUUUAAUCCUCCCAAAUGACCCCCCCCUUGAUGAAGAAGACCCUGACGUAGCAAUUUGAUGCUUUGUCCUCUCUAUUAUUGCUGACAAAUUAAAAAGAUAGGAUUUUAAAGACUCAAGCAAUUUUGUUGAAGAAAGAGAAAAGCCAUUACUUUUUAAAACAAAACAAUUAAAAAAAAAAUAAAAGAAAUAAACCCUAACGGUAAGUGCCACGUCAUCCCCAAACCGGGUACAACAGGCCAGGUUACCUUACCUGUUUGGUCCAUUAUCGGAGAAAAAUGUUAAACUUGUGUUGAAUAUGGGCAGAUUUAAAGGUUAGUCCAAUAUGAGAGAACCGCCCAAAGGUUUGUCUGUUUAUGUUAAAUUUUCCUAUUUUUUUCACGCAAGAAGGAAAGCAUUACAUUAGGAGAAUAAAUCCCCUUUUAAAAUACUUCAGUUUGUCUGACAAAGCCAAUAUGAAUUUGCAGAAAGCAUUAAAAAAGACUG